AUGUCUGAAAACGAUGCGAACCAGUCCCCCGUCGACCGACAGGACCCCCCUCCCAACACCGAGCACCUUAACAUCAAGGUCACUGAUAACAACAAUGAGGUCUUCUUCAAGAUCAAGCGCAGCACCAAGCUUGAGAAGCUCAUGACGGCCUUCUGCGAGCGCCAGGGCAAGUCUCUGAAUUCGGUGCGGUUUCUGUUUGAUGGCACACGAGUCCAGCCGACGGAUACCCCGGACGCGCUCGAGAUGGCAGACGGUGACACUCUCGAGGUGCACCAAGAACAAGUUGGAGGACGCCUGCUAGGAUGA